AUGGUUAAGGUUAUCGCGAAAACCUUGGCUCUGGGCCCCGCGAAUCCGGAAGCGAAACUCAGCCUGGAGCUUCCACAAGCGAGACGAGCCUAUGAUGCUGCGCAAAGGGCAGCAUUACCAACCACAUCGAUCAGGACGACAAUACGUUGCAACCAACAGGAUAUGAUCCGCAAUGGCCUGGUCAUACGACAAAUCUCAGCGAGUCCGACACCAACCACACCAAUAACAGCUACCAAUGCCGCAGCAACCUUUUCCUCCGAUGCUGUAUCAUCCUUGUGUACCAUUGCACUUCCUAGUGGCGGCAUCCUUUCCUUCAACGAUACCUACACCUACGUGCUUGACGAUGGCAUCAUUUUUGAGGCCGCCUGCGACAGCGAAGCCUUUAACCAUGUGAAGAAUGGAAAUAGUACUGUGGUCCAUUCCAAUGAUCCAUUUUAUGCCUCUGUCGCGCCGAACAUUUACGCUCUAGCGACUGCGACAGUGAUUAGCUACAUACUGGUGAUUCUCAUAUUCAUCACCCCGAGAACUUUCUACGUUGGCGGACCAGGUGGUGGUGCCAGCUUUUUAGGGCUGAGGAGUCUGGUGCCUGGAUCGGGUAGCUCCUCAGUCAUAGGAGUUGGAAGAAGACCACUACUGCAGAAAGUGGCUGCCAUAACUGUUGCGAUAUCGCUGACCAUUGCGACGGCUGAUACGUUCCGUGUUGCAGAAAGACAAUAUAAUGAUGGACUUAUGGAUUCGCAGCACCUGGUGGACGAUGUGAUUGGAAGUGUCGAGAUUCGCGUGGUUCGAGUCAUAUCUGACACGUUUCUCUGGCUGGCGCAGGUUCAGACUCUGAUUCGCUUGUUUCCACGGCACAAAGAGAAGGUUACAAUCAAAUGGCUUGGCUUUGCCAUGGUCACCUGCGACACAGUCUUCAGUAUCCUUGAAAAUUUUGUCAGUCAAACCACGCUCACAAGGCCAAGGAGUUUUCAAGACGCGAUACCUGCACUGAGCUAUCUUUUCCAGAUGGCCAUCUCGCUGAUUUACGCGUCAUGUGUUAUUUACUACUCGUUGUCCAAGAGGCGUUUUGCCUUCUGGCAUCCGAAGAUGAAGAAUAUCCUGCUGGUUGCAAUUUUGAGUUUAGCGUCGGUGUUGAUACCUGUAGUCUUUUUUGUUUUGGAUGUCUCUCAACCUAGUAUUGCAACAUGGGGUGAGUACAUCCGUUGGGUCGGCGCUGCUGCGGCAAGUGUGGUGGUCUGGGAAUGGGUUGAGAGGAUAGAGGCUUUAGAAAGAGACGAGAUGAAGGAUGGCAUCUUGGGACGAGAGAUAUUCGAUGGUGAUGAAAUGCUCGACAUGGGCUCUGAAGGAAGAAGUAGUAAUACAUCGCGUUAUUUCGGAUUCGGAAAGAGAAGCAGCUGGAACGGCAAUGAUGAGAAGAAGGUAUCUAUGAUGCCGAUUCCAGCCGUGAGACCGAGGUUUCAUUUUCGAAAGAACAAAGGUGCGAAUGAGAAGAUGGAUCGUCGCAAAUCUCACAAGCCUGACGGACCAACUACAAAUGGGGACAUGGCAGGGCCUCCGCAAACGACUACGCCUGUAAGCAGGAGCGACACCACAAGUGCUGCAAGUACAGUUUAUGCAGUCCGCUAUCAGAACGUUUCUAGUCCACCUCCAGCUAUACCGGAAGCUGCAGCACACAGAUCGCGUCAAGCUUCUGUGCAGAUCAAUGGGCAGAUAGCGCCACUUGAAACAACUGAAAGCUCAACACACGCCAACAAACCCAUACAGACGGCUAAUCUGCCUGAGAGCCAACCUGAAGAAGCUCGAAGAAAAGACGAUGCUUCGCGUCGACAGGUUUGGCAGGCAGUCCCAAAUCCCUUCAAGCGUAAACGCACCGAGCCUCCUGCUGAAGUUGCCGCACAAAUGGCCGCCUCGAAUGUGCGACGCUCUCCCGCUCAAACAUACCAUAAUCUGCGUGACAGGCUUGGUGCUUUUACUGUUGCCCAACGCAGUCGUCUUGCUGGACGAGCACGAACUGGUCCAAGCCCACCAAUCCCGGUGACAGUCAUUCCUGCCCAGCCAAGGCCAUCACGUGUCACGAACACAAUCUUCGAGGAAAGUGCACAGAAUAGUAGACAGCCAAGUAUGACACCGAGUCGCGAUCGAAGGAGCUCGAGAAGAGGGAGCCUAGCAGUCACGGUCAUUCCAGCGCCAAUACGUGGAGCAAGGACCUGGAGUCCGGAUGAUAUGAAAGACACUCAGCACGAACCUGCUACUCCGACGCCACCUCCACAAGCUCACGCUCAACCAGGAAAUGCUACAACUGACGCCACCAGUCAUGCUCAUGUUGAUGAUACCCCUCUCCAUUCUGAUCAGUUUCACGCGACUUCACCAGCGGACGAAGUUACAACGGUGCGAGGCGCAUUAAUGAUCUCAGAGUCACCUGUUCGAGUCAGAGAAUUCGACAACAGGAACGCCACCUCGACGAACUGGUCUAGCGCACGCUUCCGAGCCACGACGAUCAAUUCUCUGGAUGAUAGGCUGAGUAGUGUCAGUCCUGGCUCGGCCGCGAGGUCUAACGGUGGAAAUGGAAUCGAAAUUGAGAGCCAGGCAAUGCCACAAGAGAAUACGAAUGCAGAAGAGUCCUUGGCCACUGAGAAGGCAGGCGGAAAUGUCAAUAGCACUGACAAAACCAUUAUAGAAGACGAGGGGAAAACGACUGCCAGGAUCUCGAACAACAGCCAGCAGUCUGGACAUGAUGGAGAAGGUUGA